AUGACAGCCUCCAUGCGCUCCAGCAUCUCCAGCAGAAAGCGCGCCUCUCGCGCCUCCAACGCAAGAUAUUCGACAACGCCUAGCACAAACCCCAAAAAAACCCCUAAACCAGCCCUUACCCAAACCAAGCUCACCCUCCCUUCAGAAACCCCUUCCAACAUAAAGAAAAGCACCACCGCCCCUCUGCCCCCCUCUCACCCCGACCCCGCCCUCACCCAAACCCUCAAGACUCUCUCAACCUACCCCUCCCUAACCCCCCACCAACGCAAAGUCUACCGCACCCUCCUCUCCGUCCCCCGCGGCCGCUGGACCACGUACGCCGCCCUGGCCGCCCACCUCUCCUCGUCUCCGCGCGCCAUCGGCAACGCCAUGCGCACAAACCCCUUUGCGCCCGCCGUGCCAUGCCACCGCGUCCUGGCGUCGGAUCGCACCGUGGGCGGCUACAAGGGCAAGUGGGGCAAUGGGGCCGAUUAUGCCACGGAGAAGACGGGGCUGCUGAAGGGAGAGGGCGUGGUUUUUGAUGAGAAGGGAAGGGUGCUGGGGGAGUGCUUUGGGGGGUUUUGGGAGGUUAAGUGA